AUGAAUUAAGUUUAGGAAGUAUUCAAUGAAUUUUCAUAAUUACAUAAUCAAAAAUAUAAUGUAGGUGAAAUAUUAUCAUUUUUGGAUUCAAAAUGUGCUAAUGGUUAUUUUGAUAGAGAUGUGUAUUAAUAAUUGAUUGAACAAAUCCCAUAAGCAUAAACAUAAUAAUAAUGCACUAUUAAUUAGUUAAUAAAUGUCUUCAAAAAGGCCUAAGAUGUCUUAAAUGAUAAAAUUAGCAAAUGCUAGCAAAUUAUAGAUUAGAAAAAUAUGUAUUUGAUAUUUGAAUUAUGAUUAGUGAAAUCCGAGCAUAUAAUGAUAAACUUAGAUAAUCAUAAACAAAUAAUGUCAUCUAAUCAAGUAAAUUGAAUGUAGAAAUUCUUGAUGCUGAAAUUUUGUAUUAAGGCAAUGGAUAAUUAUAAAUUAGUUUAGAAUGCAUGUCAUCUGUUGUUUAUACAUGUAAAUAAUUAAUUGAUUUUAGAGUUGACUAAAAGGUAGAAACCAGUUUGGAAUGAAUCCUUUGAAUUGUAAUUAUAUAACUUAAUAGAUUAGCAAUGUUAAUGAACAAGCAGUAAUGAAAUUUAUCUUGUUGGAUACAGAAUUACAAUAAAAAAGAGGAAUAGGAGGAGUUGCUUAUAUAGAUAUCAAUACUUUUGGGGAUUAAAUGCUCCAUGAUUUUACUGUAAAUUUAUCUGAUGAAAUUAAUUCUGCUGUCAGAGCUAAAUUGCAUCUCAAAAUCUAAUGGAUUUUUUCAAAAGUAAUUUCUAUACCAAGAUUUAUAGAAUAAAUAUUUAUAAGACUUAAUAAAUGAAAAUACGACAUAGAUCAAUUAAUUAGAAUAAGAAAUAAAUGAUCACAUUGUUGAUUUAGAUAUCAUAAAUUCUCCAUUCAAAUAGGCAAUCAAAUUUUAAAAUAAUCUAACUAUAUCUACAUAUUAAACAUAACCAAAUUAGUAAUAAUAAGCAAGUCCCUUAUUGAUUAGUGAAAAUUAAAUAGAUAGGUUGGUUUAAAUUUCACUUUUAUUAAUUAUACUUUAUUUAGUGUUUGGAUUAUUAAAUAGUAUGUAUAGAACAUUAAAUUUUGAUGUAAACAAUAUGAUCUAUUUUAGUUUUUAGUUAUUUUCUAUUGCUUUUUAUUUUAUUAGAAAAAUUAUAGGCUUUAAUCCUUGCUUCACAUUAAAAUAAUUAUGGUAAUGUUGGGAAUUGCUUUGCUGAUAGAUAUAAUUUGGCUAGCUAUCUAUAGUACAGUAAGAAAUUAAUUUUAAUUACGUAGCCAUAUUUAGGAGAGUUUAAUGCACAUUAUGAUCAUUUAGAAUAUGGAUUAUAGAAAUAUUAAAUAAUAUUAAGUUGGUUGUUACUUUUUGUAAAAGUAAAUAUUAUUAUAAUCAAGAUUGUUGUUUUAAUUUUCUAUGUUCACAUUUAUGCUACUUACCCUGAUAAAUCUACCUAAGUAUAUGAUUAAUAAUGGAAUGCAAUAUUUGGAUGGAAGGAUAUUAAGCAAAUCAAUGUAUACAGAAAUUAUAAUUGA